GAAUCGGACUUGAUCGGGCUCAUGGAUGACGAUUCAAAGAAUGCAGCUUAUUAUUUUCUUCCUACCCCACCGCAAACGCCAAUGUUUGAAGAUCGUCGAGAAAGCGAAAGUCAAAACGGUGAUCCAUCAAAUGUUCGAGAACAUCAUCAAAGUAUGCUUCGGGAAAUCAAAUUCGACGACGAUCUUUCAAGAUAUCACGAAACCCCACCUUCUCAACAAUCUUCUUUUCAAAGAAAUGCCUAUCUCAAGCAACAAAAAAAUUUUCCAUCUAGUCGCCAGAGGCCUUAUGCAAAUGACAAUCAAAAUGAAUAUAAUUUUCAAAAAGGUCCUUUUAAACAACCUUUAUAUCAUCCAAAGUACCGAAACCAGUGUUCACAAAAUUUAUCGCAACAAGAAUUCCUUUCGUCCUCCAAUUUUCAAAUUCGUCCUUCUAGUCAAUUUAUUUCCUACAACUUUCAAAACAAAUACACUCAACGAAUGUCAUUUCCAACCUUUCUCUCUCCUCGGAACAAAAGUCUACAUUCAUAUCAAAUUUUUCAUCCUCGAGGUCAACAACCUUCAGUUGAACAACAAUCUCAUCGGCAGAUCAUAUUUCCAGAACCAGAAUGUCAACCGCGUGUGACGUAUCAACAAAGAAACCCCAAUAUCCAACGUAUUGCACGUCAAUCAAAGUUUCCGACUAUUUGCGAACAGCAUUCAUGGCAUUCUUCCAAAUCACAACCACACCAUGAUAAACAACCUUUUCAAAUCGUCAAUAUGGGUGAAACUCGAAUCCAAAAUAAGCUUGAAUUAGAUGAUGAUCCAUCCUAUCCUUCAAGUUACAUUAGAGGAUGGCAAACAGAAUAUCCGUGCGCCCAGGUACAUCUUGUGAAGAUCCAAUUUGGUGACUAUAGUGAAUACAAUAUUGAUAAAAAAAUUGAAAAUACCGGCAUUUCAAAUAAUGAUCACUGCAAUCUCGAGGUUGACGAUUCUUCGGAUAGCGCCGGUGACUCCAAAGAAGAUUACUUGGCCCAGGUUGUAAGAAUCCAGCGGGACCGAGGUGAAAACACUAAUCGAAUAGAAAUCAGCGAUCGCAGAUAUGGCCCUCCAAAAUUCAGAUAUAGAUACAUGGAAGAAUCAAUUCAGCUAUGUCUUUUGCAAAACACACAGAUUUGGGUUCCUCUGAAAUCUUUGAAGUCAAUAGAGAAAAGGGACAAAAGAGUGUUCAAAUUUGAACUGAAGGAUGACUUGGUCGCGAGGGAAAGGGUAAAAGAAAAGAUUACUUGUCAUUUCGAUUUUUAUUACCCAACUCAUAAGAGAACAUUAAUUAGUGAAAGCAUAAAAGGAGCGCAGUGUGUCACGAUGAUUACUCACAAGGGUGUUGUGGAAAAGGAACUUGAUAUCAUCGGAUUACACAUUGACUACAUCAUCAAAAUGUUGAAUGCGGAUAAUCAAUAUGAUUCAAUAUUUUUAAGAUGGAGGGCGGCCGAUUGGGGUUCCCGAGCACAGGAUUGGUAUUCACUUUCGCCAACCGAAAAGCAUAAAGAGGAAGUUCAUGAGGUGAAGGAAUGGAUAAUCAAGUGUCAUGUGGAUGACAGCACACGAAUCUUUCGCUUCGAGGCAUCAACGAAUUUUCGAACGGUCAAAGAGACGAUUCGAGGAGCGUGUCAAUUACCUUUGACACCAAAGUUCGAAUAUAAAGAUGACGCCGGAAAAUUUACCAUUAUCUCUGGUGAAGAUGAUUUCCUUCGGUGUUUUACUAAUAAGAACAUGCUAGUGAAAUUGAGAAAUUUGCAAUUACAUAAAGUUGACAAUGUGAAAUUGCUUGAUGAUUGGUCAAGUAUCGCGACAUACAUAUACUUGCGGAAAAGCACGAGGUUGGGAAUCAAGGUUAAUGACGCGAGAAUUCCAG